UGCUCUGUGCACAGACGGAGGAAGAGGCAACACAGCAGGCUGACAAAGUGAAUUCAAAAAGAAAUAUUGCUGAAGUUCAAAAGAAGACACUUACUAUAUUGGUCAUGGUGUUUUCUGCUUACAAUGGCUGUCUUCUGUACUGGAGAUCAGGUGGGUAAUGUUUACCAGAUAUUGAUCAUGGUAUUUUCUGCUUACAAUGGCUGUCUUCUGUGCUGGAGAUCAGUCAUGUGACUGUCAAUGUGAAUCUGAUUGGAGCGCCUGCACCGCUUCUUGUGGUGGUGGACUGCAGACUAGAAGCUGUAGUGACUCAAGCAUCGUCACGCGGGUGUGCAACCCUCAAGCUUGUGUAAGAGUGCUGGAACCUCUUGGGUUCUGGCCGCUGCAAAUCUACACUAAGGGACGGGAUUGUAGUCGUCAUGGCAACAACGCUGAUGUCCAAGGUGUAUCAUUUAAACGUGGUAAGAUCAGUAAGACAAUUAAAGAAGGGAAUGAGUUUAUUUUCAAGGACCACAUCUUGGUACUUUUGUAAAAGCCGCAAAUCAUUUAAAAC